AUGCCUGUCUCACGUCCUCCUGACCCGCACUCCGUCCUCACUCCUCCCCCUUCCAUUCCCUUCAGUUCGGGCCUUCACGUGGGGCGAGGAGGGCGAGGGGGCAGCGCGCGCGCAUCAAGGGGCGUCCCUCUGGUUACCCCCCCCCCUUCCAUUCCCUUCAGCAUGGCGGGCAGCAUGGAGACGACACGGCGGGCGGCACGGACGGAGGUCUACUCGUGGGGCGAGGAGGGCGAUGGGGCAGCGCGCGCGCAUCAAGAGGCGUCCCUCUGGUUAACCCCCCCCUUCCAUUCCCUUCAGCAUGGCGGGCAGCGUGGAGACGACACGGCGGGCGGCACGGACGGAGGUGAGGUGCUGAUUCAUCGCUUCAGCAAGGUCUACUCGUGGGGCGAGGAGGGCGAUGGGGCAGCGCGCGCGCAUCAAGAGGCGUCCCUCUGGUUAACCCCCCCCUUCCAUUCCCUUAAGCAUGGCGGGCGUGGAGACGACACGGCGGGCGGCACGGACGGAGGUCGACUCAUGGGGCGAGGAGGGCGAGGGGGCAGCGCGGGGCAGCAAGAGGCUUCUAUCUAA